AUGUCCUCAUUGCGUCGUGCUUUUAUCCUCAUCAUCAUCUCUCUCCUAUCGACUGAACUCACUCUUUCUAAUAAAGUAUCGGAAAAUGAGGAUAAGGUCAGAGAAAAACUGGAAAUCUUGCCAACUUUCAAUCAGGGCAUGAAAAGCCAACUCUACGACCCGCGCAAUAAACGCCUUAUGGCGAAAGUGCACUCCGCUCAUGUCAUUUACACAAAGCAGGAAGUCCAUGUGAGGAUACAGUAUGAAGUACAUCUCACUGAAUUCUACACGGAUUGCUACCUCAACGGUUCGGAAGCUCUGGCUCGCUUCUCCACGUACAACUUGCAGAUCAGAAGACGAUCGGGAGAAUACGAGGCAGAUAUCCACAUUAAGCGGUUACGUGAAUUUGGCAUUGUUAUGCUUUCCUUCCAGUUAAGCUCAAGGUCCCUAACGGAUGAACUCAUGGUGCAGUAUCCGGUUAACUUGCAGGACCGCGAUAACAGGGCUGUCACUAGACAUUGUCCCAGUCUAUUUUUCAUCUAUCCAAAGAUAAAUACCCUGCUCAUUCACUUGCAGAUUGGUGACUAUACACCAAUGGGCAUAAAUUGGGAACAAAUAGUGAUGAUGAAGCGUAUACACGUAAGAGCAACAGGCGUCUCACUGAUUCACCUGCCCCUCUUCGUGAUUACCCGCACGCCCUUUACGGUGAAGUUUCUCACCUUGUGGUCCUACCAGAAUAUCGUUGCCUUCUUCAGUGCGAAUGGUUUCCUCCGUCUGGAGAGCUCAACUGUAAGUUCAAUGACAGCAAAUUUUCCCAAAUCAGUACUCGAAACUUUUGAUCGACGAUGCAAGUCGAGUUGUAGGAAAAGUUCUCAAAGAAUAGGCUUCAGAAAAGCCAUCUGAGCGCUACUAAUGACUUUCGGUUUAUUCUGCCAUUGAAGAAAUCUGUCUAGAAUAAGUUCGGUUCUUAUUACUAAUUUUAAUGUUACUUAGCAUAGCCUAAACGAUCGCCAGUUGUCUCGGCGUUGCCUGAGUGGCCGACAAAGCUAAGUACUCUGUCCAUGUGGUCCGCACACAGCCUGGUCUCCAUCAUGUUUACUAGGCUACAGUGAGGACAACGCAGACCUCACGUCAGUCAUAAUGACACAUUUCAAGGAGGGAGUUGUCCCCUCAAAGUGCUUGUAUACACACCAUUGUCAGCAGUUAAUUAGAUAGGUCUUAAGUGGCAACCCCCAGCCUCCCGCAUGGACAGAAUUUAUGCGUCUUGAUCCUGCUUCAAGUAGAGGACGUCUAUUACUAAUAAUCUGUGGAAGUAUAUUUCCUACGAUUCACUUACUUCAUAAACAGGUUUGCUGAAAUCUCCGGACGUUAGAUGCUCGCACAUGUGGGCCACGUUUGAAGACAUUCAUAAUGACUUCUCAUCUGCUUAACAUGUUCACAGUAGGAACCAACUUACACCUCCUCUCCUCAUUUCUUUCCUAGAUGAGCACUGUUGGAGCACAAGAAAGUGGUGGAUACACUAUUCGCUGGUUCAUCCCCGAGAAUCAGCACAUUAUUGACGAGUUCUGUGAAGAUCAGUUGCCGAGACUGCCCGUGCGUGCUGGGGCGCCUCUCUUCUUCUAUGUUGACCCGGAACAACAGGAUCGUUGGUCAUUUGACCUGGAGAAGCUGAGCCGUCUAGUUAGUAAGCGGAAGUCAUUGAGCCUCUACGUGGCCUGCGUCAUGGAUGAUGUGUUUCAGGAUCUGCCUAAGAAGAAGAAUUUUGUGGUUGUUGUGAAGAAGAAGAUGUUCUACUCCGAGGGUGAUGACCUUGGUUUUCUGAGCUACGUCUACAAGGUCAACCUAACCUCGCCCACUCUGAAGAACUUUGACUGCAUCACUACGACGACAACCAAAAAUGUCCCCUACAUACCUCUCGCAAGGAUUGACGAGGCUGGCGUCUAUCCGCCCAUUGCAGGCACCCCCUUGGCUACUCGACUGGUCCUCACACUAACAUUCGCCUGCACCAAGCUCGAUCGGCAGGUUAGAAUAGACGAAGUCUACUUGAAGGGCCCUCAGCCGGCUGCUACGAGAACUGACAUACAGGUGGGUAAGGGAGAGAUGUGGUCCGUUUGUAAGGUGCCCAGGAAGAACUUUGAGUUCAUUCUGCCUGGCUGGAAAAAGGACGACAUCUACACCAUCACCGCUUCGCUCUCUUCAGGCAGCAUUACUAUGAAGAAGGCUGUCAUUCUGGGACCCUACGACCAACUGACUGUGAAGCCGACUGUCGCUUUUGCAGACCAGACUGUCGAAAUUAUGUGCUUCCAGGACCUGUUGAAGAAGCUCAGCGCUCCCAAUAAACGCUUUGCCACAAUGUUCGCUCCCAGUGCCGUUGAGUACCUCCUCCUGGAGGGCCUCAACCAGACAGACUACAUAACCCUCCUAAGUUUCACGCCUAAGGAGAGGUACGUCCUGAAGACUGCGAACAUAGACUCCUCAGUGGUGAUUGUGAACGUCAAUGACACCAGCAGCGCUUACAUUCACCUGCGUGCUCUCGCUCGACAUCUGACCAAAUUCUCGGGCUUUCGUUGUCGCCUGAAAAUGAAGAACGUGUUUAAUCAGGAGUACAGUGUGAUAAAUCGUGAACCCGUCUGUUUUGCUUUGCGUCCGUCACGCAUCCGAAUUGCCAUCGAGGACGUCUUCUUGCCAAAGGUGUCCAAUGAGGUGGUUAAUGACAUCACUCGCGUGCAGAAACACCAAUUGUCUUGUGUGCGACCGGGUCAAGAUCUAGAAAUUUCCUGUAUGCAGAGCUCUGUCCUUGUGGAGUGCGCGCAUUGUCCGAGAAUGGAAGCGCAUUUUGAUGUUGCCAUCUCAGUGUUGGCUGACUUGGUCCAAAUCAACACUACUCGAGAAUUUGAACCCAUAAUUGACAGCAGCGGCAGGGCCAAUGUGCUACUGAAGAAGAUGACAACGAAUUGGCACAGAGCUCUAAUCGUCUGCAGGCAGACUCUCUACACCAAACGCACGACUCUGGAAGAGAAGAAGAGCGUCGUUAACGUCCAAUUCUCAGCCACAGCGAGACUGUGUAUUAGUAGACUGAGCUUCACCUUCUACACGCUGCAUGACGGUUUCAGUUGGGAAAAGGGUCUGUUGACAACAGUGGAGCGGGCGAAGAGGUUGGCGAAGUCGGAAGAACUAAGAACGGAUAAAAUGCACGAUUUACUCGAACUAUCCGCUAUCCUCUGCGUGGUUAAUAACAACUUCAGCGUGUAUGACACGAAGAUGUAUGUUCAGUCCGGUGUCGAGAACUUCAAUGCCUCUUUAUUUGGAAUGGAAAAUGCCAGUCUUUUGGUUUUGCCCAAAUUCACUCCAGAUCUGCUGCAUCAACCCAUCAAAGUAACCUGUGGGACCACUCGCACUUUCUCCCGCAUACCUGCUCUAUCCGAGGUUGGUCAUCCGUGCUUACGAUGUGAAUGAUUAACAAUUUCCCAGGUCAUAUGGAAAGUCAGAUCAGCAGUCCACAAUUGCAAUGUUGCAAUUGAUGAUGUCCAGCGGGUGCCUCACGUAGUCGGAUCGGCACCGUAGCAUGAAUUUGUUUCGUAAUGAUAGCACACUUAGGUGGCAUAUACGACAUUCUCUCCUCUCAAGCCAUAUUGCCCCAAUGGCUAGGCAGUGCCAAGACGAUUUCAGGUAUGCGUGACUAACAACCAGGGGAAAGUUAUUGCCGACAAUGCCAAGGGAGACUGGAAUGGCCAUUUCUGGCUUAUUAGCCAUCGUCAGACAGUCAUAGCCGACCCCGAAGCGUUGAACACAUGGGGCUUGAACCCGCGACCUGUUAGUUAGAAGUCCAACGCCUCUAACUGCAGGCCCGGCCACGGGCGUUGGACUUCUAACUAACAGGUCGCGAGUUUGAGCCACAGGUUUUCAACACUUCGGGGUAGGCUAGGACUGGCUGCAAUGGCUCAUAAGCCAGAAAUGGCCAUUCUAGUCUCCCUUGUCUUUGUCGGCAAUGACAUUCCGUCCAUAUCAUGCGACGCUGUGCGGCUGCCGGUUGGGCUCGAGAGCGAGCCGUAAGGCACGACGGAACGAGUGAGUUCCGUAAGAACGAUCGGUGAGCGCCCCUCUGCCAAAAUUGGGAAUAUUUUGUCAAGAUUCGGAUACCGCGACAACGUCCUAGAUGUUUAGCGCUUUGUAAAAUCCUUGAGAUCUCCGUUCUAUUCGGCGAUUUAAACUGGCUCAGAGCAUUACAAUGCAUAGAGCAAGGAAGCCAUAGCUCGAAGUAUACACUCUGAGCUAUAAGAAGUCAUCUGAAAAGGCAAUUAGAAGAGUAGGGUGACGCUAGCGUGCAACAUAUAAGAGUAGGGAUUAGGUGAGUCCACUUAGCGUAGCCUCGCGAUCUGGCUUGCACAAUUCGGUUGUUUGUCACUCACUCACAUGAACGUUCCUUCAAGAUAGUUGGAGUCCUCCACGACCUUGAGACGACAAUCGUUAAAUGAUUGUCGUCCUAUGAUCAGUGAUGUAGCGAAUGCUCCUGGGAUGAUGUUGAGGACAAAUAGCCGGCGUCUAGAUGCAAGUUCGGGAUAUUUGGAAGUCUGUGAAUCCUCACGAGAACGCAUUCUUUGUUGUAAGUGAAUACGAUCGAUGUCAAUAUCCUCACCCAAAGUGUAACGGCUGUGAAAGGUGGGUAUUGGUAAACUCAAAACACGAAAGAUGUAGUGGAUAUUUUGGUCACGGCAAACACUAUGGAGGUAUAACGUCUUACACUAUACUCCUAAGCAAGUAGUAGUUGUUGCCGCUUAUCGUAGGGCAAUAAAUAGUCAACGGUGACUCCCAGCCACAGAGGAAUGUUAAUGCAUCCAUGUCCAACUCGAAAAGAUGACCGAUUGAUCCUAGAUGUUACACCACGCAGAACAUAGUGAAGUCGUCUGAGAAUGAAAAUUUAGAAGACCCAUGCAACGACCCUGAUAAGACUUGUUUCACUGUAGAUUUCGAGUCCUGUUUUCCUUUCCCUGUCCUGAUGAGCCUCACAAUGUUUCCUUAUUUCAUGACUGACCGUGUACAUCUCACUUUCACUCACAUAGGAAUGCAUGCAUGUUUGAUUAAGCAGACUCAGUUCGGCUAAACCAUAUUUCUGACUGUUCUAGUUACCCUACUUCCUUUUGUUCGUAGGGAUAAUUCACACUUGAAAUGUGUUACCUAAUCCAUGCAGUGUUAAAAUUAACAGAUGAUUGCUUUACACUCACAAACCGACACCUACGCGUGGAUCCACUGCCCAUCACAAUAAAUAACUCAUUUGGGAGAAUUAAAAUCAUAAAGGAAACGCAAGCAUGUUGUCUGCAAUUGCGGGUGAAGUUCUCUCUGCAGCGGAGCUUAAGGCACAAAUUUUAUCGUAAAUAAAAUGAACAUCCACAAGAAAAGUUACCAAACAAUGUGCCUUAUACGAUGCCCUUUUCAAGCAGUGAUUUCAUACUGCAUUCAGCUGACGGAUGUCAGUGUACUUUGUAUUUUUGCACGUUGUAGCCAAGAAAAUUUAUGGUCGUUUCUUUCACGUUGCCAGAAAAUACUGAUAGUUUUCUACUGCAAACGUAAGAAAAUGCCUUCCUCUUUAUUUUGAGGACAUUUGCACUGUUUCUGCUCACUUUUUGGCUCUGUUCUGCGACUAUGAAUGCACUAUGCAUGAUAUUUUGUUGAAACUGUUAAUAUUUCACACGUCUCAUUUCUAAAUUAGACAUGUACAGAAGCUAGUCCGCGCGAAAGGUAAUGUUCCAUGUGGCUGAAAUCGAAAAAUGACAAUUUGGUGGUAGUCACUUUUGUGACAAAACAUAGCAUUUUCCAAAUGCCAAAGAGUUUGGCUGUGUGGCUUAUUUAGGCUGCCGAAUCGCACUAAACUUGUAAUCUCACUUCAAAAAAUCGAUAGAACUUCCGCUUCAAGAACGCUAACCUGCGUGCUAACAAGCUGAUUCCCACGAUUUGCAUCGCACAAACGAUCAAUUCCCGAGUGCGGCAGGCUCCGUCUACUGAGACUCUCGAGAUUUAAUUACUCACCUGUCGAAGAAAAGCACGCUCAGAUGCGUAGUCGAAGUCUAGGACAGGUAUUAGCAUCGGGGAUUGCCUGAAUAUACACGGCACCGUCAAUUUCCGCUCAAAUUCAUGAACAUUUUGCUUGUUACUAUUACGUGGACACAUUGCAUACAGAAGAAAAGGACAUGUCAUUGAAGAGGCUGGACGAGCGAGCAAAAAUGCGUCAUGUUUAAGCUGUCUGACAGCUCACACAUCAGUUUCUUGGGAGAGAGAGGUCACGUUCUUCUGGUGAAAAGGUCUGAACAGGUAGGAUAAGACUGAGAUCUCCAGUACUGGGCGACUAGCCAUCGCCAGCCAGCCCUGUCCAGCACUAGGUUUGAGGAAACACCUGAGGCUCGAACACGCGCUCCUUUGACCAAUAGUGCAAUGCUCUAAACUUUUAGCCACGCACUCUUUUCACCGUGAUUUGGAGCUACUGGUGCCACUGAACCUCAGUCGGGGUAAGGCUCGCUGAAGACGAUUGAUAUACCAGAAAUGACCAUCCGAACUCUGGCAGUGUUGCGUUGGUCCAAAUUACAAGCAUUUAGGGAAUUUCCAUUCGUGUCAUUUAGGAAACCGGCAUGUGUGGGGCGCAAGGUUUUGAAGUUGUGACCUGUGGGCUUUUCGUCGUACAUGUUAAAUAUAUCCUUGAUGCGGAGAUCUGGCAUUCGAAGGUUUCCGUCUUUAUGGGCUCGUAAGAAUGACGCGCGUAAUGUGCGAACAGAUAUCUGAUAAACCAAUUCGUCUACGCAUAUUCACAGUCACCAUGCUUUAGUUCCAUCCUUGAAGCAGCGACUGAUGGGAGCAUGUCUACCACUAUUUCAUAAUCGACGCACAAAUUCAAGUGCCUCUCACAAUCCUUUAGUUCUGUCAAGAUCUUUGGCCGAACUACACAGGAAGUGGCGUUCAAUGAAAUGCCCCUCUUGUCAGAUAGAUCCCAGAGCCUGACAGAAGGCAACCCACAAAUGGCGAUGUGAAUAACAGGUCCGCCAGAUAUCUUUAAUCGAUCUUUCCCUCCUCUGCCUUACUCUAGCCACUACGAUUCGUUGUCGUCCAGCGAACUUUCCAGAAGGGCAGUCAGUAUUCCGAAUUCAUCCUCCUGAUGCAGAUGGUAUGCACCAGCCUGCUGAUUGGCUUCAUCAUCGCUAUCGCUUGUCCCCUCUUCAGCAUGAUCGCCGAUCAGCGGUAUGAGAGGAGGCAGUUGGAGAAGAGACGAGAAAAGCAGAAGGCCAUUGAAAGCCUCCUCAAUUUGAAGCUGGAGGUGGAGAAGGAGGCGGGGGCGGGGACGGGGGCGAAGGCGGAUGCAGGAGCCAAAACGACGACGACGGCGGCGGCGGCAGGAGCAAGAGACGGCGGCGGCGGCGGUGGGACAGGCGAGGCUAGUGCCAGUAUCGGCGAGGGGACGACGCCAAGACGCCCUGUUGAUAGGCGAGUGCGUUCCGCGCGUCAGUCAUUGGCCAUUCUGAACGACCUGAUGCGGGCCCAGGCCAUGAAGAGGGCCAGUCAGUACUCACUGCCUCUGGGUGACAGUUUCUCCCGAGGCCGAUCUGCAGGGACCAGCAGUAAGGACGCGGAGGCAAGCGAAGGACCUGAAACGUCGGAGGCAGGCGGUGGAAAGACGAGAAGGGCAGAGAUGAGGAAACGGACUCAAUCUGCCGCCAGGUCUGCCAGCGACUCUCGUACUCAGACACACAAGAAAUCUAAGUCUGCCACGCCCCGCGCAACAACUUUGCGUGUUACACGACCCACCCACAGAAGCACGUUCGAUUAG